AUGCAAUCGAAUGAUCUCCUACGUUCAUCAACAUCUCCAUUUGUACGUUCACCUCAUUUACUUAGUAAUGAUUUACAAUCACAAUUAAAUAUGCUUUAUGCUCUAACACAACAACAAAUAUCAUCAUCAUCAUCAUCUGAUUUAACAUUAGAAUCACAAAUAAAACGUAUAAAAAAAACAAUACCAAUGCCAAAUGAACCUCCUUCUCAAGUACCAUUAAUAUCUGCAACGGAUUCCCGUACAAGUUCAGCAAGUGAUCGUGAAAUUGUUAAAGUUGUUACAACAGCUGGACCACAAUGUAUUGAUAAAGAAUUUUUAACACAAUUAUUAUUACGAAAAGAUGUUAUACCAGCACGAAAACGUCGUGAUUUUAUUCCAAAUGAAAUGAAAGAUGAUCAUUAUUGGGAAAGACGACGUAAAAAUAAUUUAGCUGCUAAACGUUCACGUGAAAAACGGCGUCUCAAUGAUAUUGUCUUAGAAACCAAAGUUGUUGAAUUAACAAAUGAAAAUGAGGCAUUAAAAGCUAAACUUAAUUUAAUGUUAUCACGUUUAAAUAUGAAAGAAAUAGAAAUGGAAAGUUUAUUUGAAGAAGAACAACGUCUUGGUCAUAUAUGUCUUAAACCGGCAACAUCAGCAUCAACAAUUCUUACUCAACGUUCUCUUAUAAGUGAUGACGAUGAUCAUUCAUCACGAUCAACAAGACCGAAAAAUUAUUCAUCAUCUGAAACACAUGAUGAUGAUGAAGAAGUUGAAUCAACAACAUUUGAUGAUAAUUCUUCAAAUACACGUGUACAAUAUCCAUUGCUUUAUAAUCAAUUACUUGGAAAUAAUAAUAAUAAUACUACUACUACUAAUAAUAAUGGUGCAGUUGAUUUAAGUCGUACUGAAGUUAAAACAGGAAAUUUAUUAACAACAGUUCCAAAUAAAAGUCCAUCACCAUUAACACCAUCACCAUCACCACCAAAUGAAUCAUUAUUACAAAUUCUUGCCAAUCAAAUUCUUAAAACAAAACAACAAGAUACAGUAACAUCAUCACGUUUAUUAACAAUAGCUUCACCAACGGAAUCAAAACCAAUAAUAUCAUCAUUAAAAAGAAAUUUUGAUCAAUUACAACCAGAUGAUCAACAACAACAAAAAUGGGAUGAAGCAGCAAUGACAUUACUUUCAUUAAAUAAACCACCACCACCUCCACCAUCACCUGUUGAACAACAAACAGCACUUCAAUCUGUUUGUCAAUCAGUUAUUAAUGGUUUAUUACGUAAAUCAAACCCUCCACGAGCUACAAUUGAUUAUCAUAGUAAUAAUCAACAACACAUACAAGGUGAAAAUUUUCAUCAUCAAGAUAAUAUUAAUUCAUUAAGUCAAUUAAAAACAUUAAUGAAUUAUUUUUCUACAUCAUCAAACAAUUCUUUUUCAAUGCCACCAUUACAACAAUCAUCAAAUUGUAUUGGAGAACAACAUAAUACAGUUACAACUCAUACACAAUCACAUGAACCUCGAGGUGAUAUGAUGCCUUUAAAAUUACGUAUGAAAAUGUUGAAUGCUAAAAGUUAA